AUGGCUAAAUCUUCAUUUAUUAUAGUUGGAGGUGGGGUGUUUGGUGCGAGUACCGCAUAUUAUCUUUCCAAAGAACACCCAGAAGCUGCAAUCACCCUCAUUGACCGAUCUCCAUCUUAUCCCUGCCCUUUAGGUGCAUCUCAUGAUUUCAAUAAGAUAGUUCGAGCCGAUUACGGGUCUCUUUUUUAUUGCGAGUUGGCUCUCAAGGCGCAAGAAGCGUGGAAGAAUGAUCCAUUUUACAAGCCUUUCUACCACCAAUCUGGUUUGGUGAACAUAGAUGAAAGCGAUCUUGGACGAAGAAUCAUCAAGAAUUACGAGACUUUGAAAGCGUAUUCUGAGUCUGUAAUUAUUGACUCGGAUGAGAUGAAGACUCGCUAUGACGGGUUGUUUGCAGAUACGGAUUAUAGAGGAGUGAAAGAUAUAUUUCUCAAUCCACUGAGCGGAUGGGCAGAGGCGACGCCAGCAGUAAGGAAAAUGAUUGAAAGAGCCACCGCAAAUGGCGUCACGUACGUCGAAGGCGAUGUUGAAACUUUGGUGUUUAAGGACAAUGGAGAUUGUACUGGCGUAAGGAGCCGGGAUGGAAAGAUUCUAUUCGCGGACAAGGUCAUCCUCUCCACCGGUGCAGGAACCGCGAGACUACUGGCAGACAGUGCCCCAGAGCGUCAAGAUCUCCAAGUCGAGGAUCGAAUGGUUGCUGCUGCAGUUGUUACAGGUAUUGUCCGCCUCAAUGGGGAACAGAUGCGGCGGUUUCAGCAAUCUCCCGUCAUGAUCCAUUCGGUUGGGGAUGUUCAAGGAGAAGUCCUUCCCCCAACCUCAGACGGCAUGCUAAAGUUCUGCGUUGACGUGAGCUUCAAGAACACAUCACUUCAUCCUAAAUCCGGGCAAAUGAUAUCUGCUCCCCCCAGCCAGCCCGACCAAGCGCAGCACACAGUAUCACAGAGUCUUCAGGCUGAAUGUACCCGCGUCAUGAAAGGGAUUUAUGGAAACGAGCUCAAGGAUGCUCAGUUCGAAUCUUUCCGAAUCUGCUGGGAUUCUAUCUCUCCAAACCAGGAUUUCAUCAUCUCCUCACAUCCUCACUGUAAGAAUCUCUACAUUGCCACGGCAGGAUCCUUCCACGGAUGGAAAUUCCUCCCGAUUAUCGGAGACUACGUAGUCCAGUUGUUAGACGGCAAGCUGCCCGAAGACCUCGUUAAACGCUGGGCUUGGGAUCGAGAACAGGCUGGUUCUGCUCAUGGAAAAAUGCUCCCCAGGCGAGAGUUGAAGGAUCUAUUGUAA